AUGAAAUUUUUCAAGAAAAAAUCUGCAAGAAGUGUGACACCAUUGGUCACAUCGGAAACACGAGAAGAAAAUAAUUCUCGUGCAAUAUUAUCUUCUAAUAAAAAAUCACAUCAUACUAUUGAGAUACCAUUAUCAACACAUGAGAUGAAUAGUCGAAAACGCAAUUUUUGUCAACGAUGUUGUUCAAAAGAAAGUCUUAAAGAACAAGCUUUACUCAUAACUACUAUUGCUUCAGUUGUGAUUGGUAUUGGAGUUGGACUUGGUCUUAGAAAUCUUAAAUGUAGCACAGAUGAAUAUAUUAAUGGAUGUCGUUUAACUAAAGAAGAUAUCGGAUACAUCGAAUUUCCAGGCACGAUCUUUAUUCAUAUACUUAAAUUACUGAUACUUCCAUUGAUUGUUUCAAGUAUUAUUUCAUCAUUAGCUCAACUCGAUGCACAAUCAUCGGGAAAAAUGGGUUUAAGAGCAUUGAUCUAUUAUUUUGGUACAACUAUUAUUGCAGCUAUUGUUGGUAUUAUUCUUGUAUUAAGUAUACAACCUGGAUUACGUGGUGGUCAAGUUGAAAUCAAACCAGAAUCAAGAUCAGUCGAAGGUCGAACUGUUGAUACUAUUCUGGAUUUAAUCAGAAAUCUAUUUCCUGAUAAUAUUGUACAAGCUGCAUUUCAAACUACAGGUACGAAACUUACCGUCAAAAAACAAUUAGUUCAGGGUGAAAAUAAUACAACUUAUAACAAAACUACCUACAAUGCCGUACUAGAAAAACGAGAUGGUAUUAAUGUACUUGGUUUACUUCUAUUUUGUAUUCUAUUUGGUAUUAUUAUAAGUCGUUUAAAAAAAAAAGCACUUAUACUUAAACAAUUUUUUGAAGCUAUGUUAGAAGUUGUUAUGCAACUUGUACGUAUUGCUAUGUUAUUUAGUCCUAUUGGUAUUUUUUUUCUUAUUGUUGCCAAAAUACUUCAAAUGGAUAGUUUAAGUGAUUUUGUUGGUUCAUUAGGUCUUUAUAUGGCAACUGUUUUAGCUGGUUUAUUUAUACAUGGAUUCAUUAUUUUACCUUUAAUUCUUUUUAUUAUAACACGUAUGAAUGUUUUUAAAUAUAUACGUGGUAUGAGUCAAGCACUAGUAACUGCUUUUGGUACAGCUAGUUCAUCAGCAACAUUACCUGUAACAUAUAGAUGUGUUGAAGAAAAAAAUCAUAUUGAUCCAAGAGUUUCACGAUUUGUCUUACCAGUUGGAGCUACUGUUAAUAUGGAUGGAACAGCAUUAUAUGAAGCUGUAGCAGCUAUUUAUAUAGCUCAACUUAAUGGUAUUCCAUUGAAUGCUGCCAAAAUUAUUGUAACUACUUUUACAUCGACAUUAGCAUCCAUUGGUGCUGCAAGUAUUCCGCAAGCUGGUCUAGUAACAAUGGUUAUUGUCCUCAAUGCACUUGGUUUACCAGCUGAAGAAGUUAGAACAAUCUUUGCUGUUGAUUGGUUCCUUGAUCGAUUUCGUACUGCUAUUAAUGUAUUUGGUGAUUCGAUUGGUUGUGCCGUUGUAAAUCAUUUAUCACGUAAAGAACUAGAUGCACUUGAUAAUAAGAAAUUAUUAGCUGAUAAUACUGAUACAAAUAAUCCAAACUCGAGUGUCUCUUUUCUUGUACCUAAUAAUACUACUACAUUUCCAUCUAAUCAUAUGGAACCCGUGGCAUAUGCUAAUCCAACAUAUUCAAAUCAACCAGAAACAACAGUUGAUGAUGAUGAUGAUGACAAUAUUAUGGAUCAAACAAGUUUUUAA